GAUGGGUACGAGACCCUGCGGCUCGCGCUGCGCCUCACGGCGAGCACGCUCGGGCAGCGGCAGCCGCCAGGCGCGGUCGUGUGGCGCCUCGGCCGUCGGAGCUCAGUGUUUGUGCUCACGUCGGUUUGUUUCACACGCUACGACGACCUGACCUGUGCGAGCGCACCCUCAGGCGGGGGCGCCGCCGCCGCGCCCCAGGUGGCCACCGCGCUGCUGGUGCUCCGCUCGCCGGAGGGUCCGGUCGUCUCCGUCGGCUGGCCGGUGCGCCUGCUGGAGGUGCUGCUGCGCCGCGCGGAGGCGGAGCCGCACCUGCUGGUGCCCGUGUGCCGUCUCUGCCUGGAGUCCGUCCGCGCCUUCGCCUCCGAGGCGCGGCGCCACGCCCCGCGGCCGCCCCCCCCCGCGCCCCUCGUGCCAGCCGCGCG